AUGAUGUGGGAGUUUCGCUCUAUGAUGUUUUGGCGGGCCGUGUUUGCCGAGUUUUUUGGCACCAUGUUUUUCGUCUUCUUCGGGAUGGGAGCGGCGCUACGCUGGACUUCCGGGCCGUACCAGGUCUUCCACACCGCCCUCUGCUUUGGCUUUGCAGCUGCCACAUUGAUCCAAUCCAUCGGUCACAUCAGCGGAGGACACAUCAACCCGGCCGUCACCUUCGCCUACUUGGUCGGCUCUCAGAUGUCUUUCUUCCGUGCGAUCUUCUACAUCUGCGCUCAGUGUCUGGGGGCCCUGGCAGGUGCCGCGGCCCUUUAUGGAGUCACACCUAACAGCAUCAGAGGAACAUUCGCACCUAAUACAUUGCAACCAGGCAUGAGUUUGGGCAUGGCGACCACAGUGGAGGUGUUUCUCACCAUGCAGCUGGUGAUCUGCGUUUUUGCCGUCACAGAUGAGAGAAGAAAUGGACGUCUGGGAUCGGCUGCUCUAUCUAUUGGCUUUUCUAUCACCAUGGGCCACCUGAUGGGGAUGUAUUACACUGGAGCCGGUAUGAACCCAGCUCGGUCUUUUGCUCCGGCUGUUCUCAUGAGGAACUUCAAUAACCAUUGGGUGUACUGGGUGGGUCCCAUGAUCGGUGGUGCAAUGGGUGCCAUUUUUUAUGAUUUCAUUCUGUUCCCCCGUAUGAGGGGUUUCUCUGAGCGGAUAGCCGCACUUAAAGGCAGCCGAGCACCAGAGGCCGAAAACCAGCGGGAGAACCGUGGGGAGCCCAUUGAGCUGACGACUCAAUCCCUAUGAACCCGUUAAAACCUGUAAAUCGAAAUCUGGCUCUACCUCACUGGACCACAACCAACACUUUAUAACAUAAUAUAAGGCACAGCAUUGAACAUGGGGUGGGUGUGACACAGAUAUCGACUAAGCUACAGAUAUUUUUCGUGCUGAGGCAAUGGUCCAGGUGUCAAAAGCAGCUGGAUGUGGGUGGGGUUUGGGUUGUGGGAGGGGUUUAGAAACAUUGAUUUAGGUAUAGGAUUUUCACUUUUCAUCUGAUUACAAUUUUCAGUUUGUUUUCUACAAGAUGUGGACCAGGGCUUCAAAUGUUUUUCACAAGUUUUCAGAGAUUUAUUUAUUAGUGUGUGUGAGUUUGUGGUUAUGUAUGUACUGUAUGUAUAGCUUGUGCGUGAUGAUUGUAGGCUAUGUGUGAGCUUGUUUUUGUCGACUAAGCAUUUGUUUGAGGGGUUUUAUCAUUACGGUUCACCUGUGUUUGUAAAAUGCUUGUUCUUAUUUUUACAAGAAUAUAAGAAACACUGUAUGUUUGCAAUGCUAUUCAAUUUUCAACCCAUGGGCUUUUAAACACAACCAGUAUUUUACAAUAACUAUACUUCUGUUAAGUUUACAGUGUCUGUGAUGCCUCUUGUUUGAGGAUAACAUUCAUGACUGGGCAAAACAGGCAAUGAAUCAUAUGAAUGCAAAUAAAUACACUGAAAAUAAUGUAUCACGUGCACAUACAGUAUGAUCAUUGCAUU